CAUGCUCCGCAUCUCGCUUCACGGCAGGGCAAAUCGCACAUCGUUCCCCUCGAGCACUUCGCUUUCGUGACACCACUCCGCCCGAAGCUGACUAUCGCAGUCCCUGUCGCUCGCGGCCAUGGCGGCCGACCCGCAGAGCCAGUCGCAGGCGGACGGCGCGGCGCUGCCGGCGGCGCGGCUGCCGGCGUCGCUGGACAUGCCGGGCUUCAACACCGUCGACUUCAUCAACCACAUCUUCCCCAACGAGGGCUCGCUGGCGGCCGUCGACCCGCUCAUUCAGAAGCUGCGGAAUCGAAUCCGACGGGUGGACGCUGAGAUACUCAUGGCUAUUCGGCAGCAGAGCACGUCAGGGUCUCAAGCCAAGGAUGAUCUGGCAGCCUCCAUGCGAGCCAUAGAGGAGCUGUCGUUGAAGAUGCGGGCGAUCAAGGCGAAGGCGGAGCAGAGCGAGGUGAUGGUUCAGGAGAUCUGCCGCGACAUCAAGAAGCUUGACUACGCCAAGAAGCACAUCACCGCCACCAUCACCGCGCUCAACCGCCUCGCCAUGCUCGUGUUUGCUGUGGAUCGCCUGCAAGCCCUCACGGCCAACCGCCAGUACCGCGACGCCGCUGACCAGCUUCAGGCGGUGACGCAGCUGCUGGCACACUUUGAGGCGUACAGCGACAUCCCCAAGAUCGGCGAGCUGCAGGGGCGUGUGGCGUCGCUCAAGGCCACGCUCAAGUCACACAUCUUCUCCGACUUCUCCACGCUGGGCACGCCGGUGCUGAAGGAGAACGGGCAGGUGAUGCAGCAGCUGGCGGACGCGUGCCUCGUGGUGGCGGCGCUGGAUGGCGAGGGGGCGGCGCGGGACGAGCUCAUCCGCACGGUGUGCAGCCGCGAGCUCACGGCGUACCAGCAGAUCUUCCAAGGCACCGACGUGGCGCGGCUGGACAAGGUGGAGCGGCGGUACCUGUGGGUGAAGCGGCAGCUGAAGCUCAACGACGACGUCUGGCGCAUCUUCCCCCCCGCCUGGCACGUGCAGCGCCUGCUGUGCACCCAGUUCUGCAACAUCACCAGAGCUCAGUUGAAGGAGCAGCUCGAUGGAUCAAAGGACAGACCAGAUGUCACCACGCUCUUGCAGGCGUUGGAGCGCACGUUGGAGUUCGAGGACGACCUGGCCAAGCGCUUCGCGGCGCCGCAGCCCGCUGCAAGGGCUGGCGCGGGGGGGGCUGCCUCACCCACUGCUGCUGGCAGCGGCGGAGCCGCUGGUGGCAAGGAGGGGGAGUUUGAGUUCCACGGCGCCAUCUCAGCGUGCUUUGAGCCGCACCUGGGCGUGUACGUGGAUCUCGAGGAGAGGACGCUGGCUGACACGCUCGACAAACUCAUGCAGGAGGAGACAUGGGAGGCGGAGGAGGGCAGUCAAACCAACAUUUUGCGAAGUAGCUCGGAGAUGUUUCUGGCCAUCCGCAAGAGUUUCAACCGCUGCUGUCAGCUCACCAGAAAGCAAACACUGCUCAGCCUCUUCCAGGUGUUCAAGCGCGUGCUGCGGCAGUACGCCAACCGCCUCAGCGCCCGUUUGCCGCGCGCUGCCCAGCCCACUGCUGGGGGCGAGUGGCAGGUGAAGAUGGCGGAGAAGGACGAGCGCGUGGUGUGCUACAUCAUCAACACCGCCGAGUACUGCCAUGAGACUGCGGCGCAGCUGGCGGAGAGUGUGGCGAACCGCAUCGAUGGCGACCUGGUGGGGUCCGUGGAUAUCGGCGAUGAGCAGGAGGAGUUCUCGGGUGUGAUCACGCGCGCGCUGGCCGUGCUGGUGGUGGGGCUGGAGGCGCGGCUGGACGGCGAACUGGACCGCAUGGCGCGCAUGCCAUGGAGCACCCUGGAGUCCGUGGGCGACCAAUCAGAGUUCGUGAACAACCUGAGCGCCAUCUUCUCCAACUCCAUCCCCAUGCUGGCGGGGCUGCUCUCGCCGCUGCACUUCCACUUCUUCCUCGACAAGCUGGCAGCGUCGUUUGGGCCGCGCUACUACGCCACUGUCUUCAAGGCAAAGCGCCUCUCCGGCACUGGAGCUCAGCAGAUGCUGCUGGACACGCAUGGCAUCAAGACCAUUCUCCUCGAGCUGCCGGCGCUGGGAGGGCUGGCGUCCACCGCCGCCUACAGCAAGUAUGUGACGCGCGAGUUGGGGCGCUCUGAGGCGCUGCUGAAGGUGAUUCUGUCCCCCCAGGAGAACAUAGUAGACACGUACCGGGCGCUGCUGCCGGAGGGCUGUGCUGCCGACUUCCUGCGCACGCUGGACCUCAAGGGCGUGAAGAAGCCGGAGCAGCAGCCGUUGCUGGACGCGCUCACAACCAAGCUCAAGGCAGCGGCGCCCACCCACGGCCCGACCUCCAAGUCGCCCACCUCCUCCACCCCCUCCUCCUCCGCCCCGCCUUCCUCAGCCAUCCAGCCAGCCACACCUGCCGCCGCCGCUGCUGCUGCUCCUCCAGCAGCCACAGCCACUGCUGCUGCCGCCGCUGCUGCCGGCAUGCUGACCAGUGCGGCAAGCCGCGAGGCCAUGAUAGCACGUGCGGCGGCUCUUGGGCGCGGUGCCAUGGCGCAGUCAGCGGCGGCGGCGGCUGCGGUGUCGCAGAACACGGCGCUGAAGCGCAUCUUCGCCCUCGCGGACUCCUCCGCUGCCAGCGGCUCCAAGAAAGACAUGUCCUUCCGCUCGCUCUUCAAUGCGUAGAGCCGUGCCUUCUACCGUAGGUAGGAACAAUUCAGUUUCUGAGAUGGAGUUGAACAUGGAUUAUAUUUUGUUGGCCGCAGUAGAGGGACACUGAAAUCACAACCAACGGGUGUGAGCUUGUUGCUUUCUGCUAGUGUCAUAUGGAAUAUUUCUUCUGUGCUGGCCCAACCAGAUGCGCUUGUGGCAGGCGUGCGCUGUCCUGCCGCUGAGUACAGUGGAGGGUGUAUGGGGCUUCUCGCGGCAGAACGUCAUCAAGUCAUGGGUGUGGGGUGCAUUGUGCAAUGCGUGCCUCAACGAGCUGAUGGUCAUUUCCCUGCUGCAGUAUGAGAUUGACUGGGACAAGGCCCUUGAGUGUUGGCGAAAGAAGUUGAGGCGCCCUGCUAAGUCAGCUCUGUUUGCCUCAGAGGAGAGGAAGCGUAAGGCCAAGGUGGUAAAGG